AUGGCCAGGAGGUCUCCAUCUUGCAAAGAACAUGAAAAUGGAGGAGUAGAACUGAAGAAAGGGGCAUGGACAGAGGAAGAAGAUCAGAAGCUGGUUGAUUACAUUACCAGACACAAUGGACAUGGAAGCUGGAGAUCGCUCCCCAAGCAUGCCGGCUUGAACAGGUGCGGCAAGAGCUGCAGACUCCGCUGGACUAAUUAUCUCAGGCCUGAUAUCAAGAGAGGAAAAUUCUCCGAUGAAGAACAACGUAUCAUCAUCAACCUUCAUUCCACUCUCGGAAACAAGUGGUCUAAGAUUGCAACCUAUCUUCCAGGACGCACAGAUAAUGAAAUCAAGAAUUUUUGGAACACCAAUCUUAGGAAGAAACUUCUCAGAAUGGAUAUCGACCCUAUGACCCACAUGCCAACAUCUGAUCUCAAUUUUAAUUUUCUGGUGAAUCUAUCUCAGUUGCUUAUUUCCUCAUCAAACUUUGGCAACUUGAUGAUGAAGAGUCCGUGGAUCGACACUGCCCUAACUAGGUUACAGCCAGCAAAUGCCAAAAUCCAGCUCUUGCAAACCAUAUUGCAGCUCAUAAAAACAGGUGCUCCUCCAAAUAUAGGCCAAAAUGGCCUCUUGGGUUCCCAUGAUCCUGGCCGAUUUAAAGGGCUUGUCAAUGGAGCAAGCAGCUGUAGUAACCUCCACUGUAUGGAUCCCAACAGAGCACUCUAUGGUCUACUGCAGCAGCAGCAACCAACCCUUGACCACAACACAUGGCCAUGCUUUGGGCUCAGCCCGGAAGUACUUUACACCAUGAAUAAUGAUAAUAACAGCUUGAGCAGUUUCUUUGAUCAGCUUCAUACAGAAAACCCAGUACAGCUUCCUGUUUUGGUUUCGCCUUCUCCUGAUGAUAACUCAAUGGUCAAUGAAAUGGAAAACGUGAUGGACCAAAAUUUCAACGACUUUGAGGAUUGGGAAAAACUCAUGGACGAUGACACCGGCGGUUCCUUCUGGCAAUAG